AUGUCAGGGUUUCAGCGAUUAUCAAUAAUUAAAGCAUCUACUUUAGCUUCUAAUUUAGAUAACUCGACUUCUUCGCAGCUGCCAGUGUCCAGCGAAGGUAAAUGUGUUCGACGCAGUUUUGUUUGGGAUUGUUCGGAGAGCUAUUGGGUUUUGGAGAAUCAUGUUGUUCAGUUUGUGGAUGCAGGUGAAGGGUUAAGCUUCCUUUUUGUUGAUGCUGAGGGUACAAAGAUGCAUGCGUUUGUCGAGGAACGAGAUCAGAUGAUAAGGUUUAAGAGGCUACUUCACGAAGGAGAAUGGAAAAUUAUAACGAAUGUCUCAGUAUCCAUGGUUGAUACAGAGAUUCGUCUGACGAGAUCCAGAAGAAAGAUUGCUCUGAUGUCAAACACCCAAGUCAUACCCGCUGAGAACUCGGGUGCUUUGAAUCUGCUUGAUAUAGUUUCAUUUGGAGAUGUUUGGGACGGAUCUGUUUAUGAUGGAACUUCUUACCUUAGAGGUCCUAUUCAUGUCGAAGAUGAAGAAGGAAUCUCGAAGUUUCAUUACGAUCCAAAGGGCUACGAUGAGGUUUAUAAUUUCGCCCAGAUUUUCUUUAGUGCCUUUGAAUCUAGCGAAGAAGGAGAAGAUGAGGAAAUGGAGAAAGAUGAGAUGGAAUGCUGCAAAAUCGGUUACCACAAGGGAUCAAGUUCUUCUAAAAAGUCUGACAAAGUUUGA